GAUCCCGAGCAGAAAGGCGGACAGCGCGUGUUUUUCCCCCUCCUUAAUACAAUUAACACGCAUGCUUGGAAUAUUAGGGUAGUAUGUUAUUAAUAUAAAACAGCGAUGUAGCUUUUCUCACCAUGGGGAACGCGUGAGAUUUUUUUGGGAGACCUGUGAGUAAAUAAAAAAAAAAGAGAGAGAGAAAGAGAGAGAGAGAGAAAGACGCGACCAUGGCGUCGGCGCAGGGGCUCCUCCACAGCGUGUUCUCCUGCUCGUCCCCGGCUUCGAGGAGCAUCACCAAGCGGAGACUGCGCCAAACCCGGAGCUUAGACCCGGCGAUCAUCCGGAACUGCGACGCCGAGUCGGACUUGACGCGCGCUGAGCUCGAGCGAGGAGCCGAGGAGGAGGCGGUCGCGUCCCAAUCCGAUCUUCAGCCGCACUCCAAACUCACCACGGCGCAUCAUCUGCUGUCUCCGUCGCUCUCCAGUCCUGCUACGCCUUUCGACACGUCCCCGUCCUCGAGCUUCCACUUCGACUAUGACUUCAAAAGCGGGAAAAGGAACACGGCUUGGGAUUUGCCCCUGUUCGCCAAUUCGGGCUCCUCAGGCACCAUCUUUUCCCCGAGAAGGUGGCUGCAGAGGAAAGCGCAGCACAGCGCUGCUCACGAGUACGUCGUCUGGAGGAGUGAGGGUGAUUUCACAUGGAACAGCCUGUCUGGGAGGAGUGUACGUCUCAAACCGGUGCCUAUUCAGAGCCUGUCUGAGCUGGAGAGAGCCAGACUACAGGAGGUUGCCUACAACCGCCUCCACCAGGACUAUGACCUGGGUUGCCAGAUCACCAUUCCUAAAGAUUGCCAGAAGAGGAAGAAGUCACUGCGGAGGAAGCUGGACUCCUUAGCCAAGGAAAAGAACAAAGACAAAGAAAACGCACCGCAGGCAUUCGGCAUCUCCUUAUCACAGGUGAUCACCAACGACCGGACCCAGCGUCAGCGUCAAGAAGGUCAGAGGGAAGAGCAGAGAGACACGAGCGACCUGGUUUCGUCCAUCCUGCAGUUUGCGACGCGUCGGCCCACUAAGGAGUUUUCCAGCAGCAACUCAUCACUCAGCUCAACCUCGGAGACGGCCAACGAGUCCACUUCAUCCAACACGCCUGAAGCAGCACCCCGUGCUCGCAGGAGGGGUGGCAUGUCCGUGGACUCCAUCACGGAUUUGGACGACUCCCAGUCACGUCUGCUGGAGGCGCUGCAGCUCUCGCUGCCGGCUGAGGCGGCCAGCAAGAAGGAGAAGCAGCAGGACAAGAGGCUUAGCCUGAACCCCAUCUACAGGCAGGUGCCACGCGUGCUGGACAGCUGCUGCCAGCACCUUGAGAAGUAUGGUUUACAGACGGUGGGGAUCUUUCGAGUGGGCAGCUCGAAGAAAAGAGUGAGGCAGCUGCGGGAGGAGUUUGAUCGCGGUAUGGACGUGCAGCUGGAUGAGGAACACAGUGUCCAUGACGUGGCGGCGCUUCUGAAGGAAUUCCUCCGGGACAUGGCGGACCCACUGCUCACCAAAGAGCUGUACACAGCAUUCAUUAACACCACAUUGCUGGACGCAGAAGACCAGCAGCUAGUCACCCAGCUUCUCGUGUACCUGCUGCCACCUUGUAACAGCGACACCCUACAGCGGCUGCUGGAGUUCCUGCACAUCGUGGCUCAGCACGCUCAAAAUUCAUAUGACAAAGAUGGACAGGAGGUUACAGGGAACAAGAUGACAUCACUCAACUUGGCCACGAUCUUUGGGCCGAACCUGCUUCACAAGCAGAAGAGCUCAGAUAAAGAGUUCAGCGUGCAGAGUUCGGCCCGGGCCGAGGAGUCCACGACCGUCAUCGCUGUGGUACAGAGGAUGAUCGCAAACUAUGAGGAGCUGUUCAUGGUGUCUCCAGACUUGCAGAACGAGGUACUGAUGAGCUUGCUGGAGACGGAUCCUGACGUAGUGGACUACCUCUUACGACGCAAGGACUCCCAAAGUCCCGACUUGUUAAAUUCCGAGGCGUCCCUCUCUCUGAGCGAGUGCCGAUCAUCCAGCGACUCCAACAAGGCAUCCAGCGGCGAAGUCUCGCCCUACGACAACAACUCACCUGUGCUGUCCGAGAGGAGAGGAGGAGACCUGGCCAAAGACAGCGAGGUCCAUUCCGGACGAGUUCUCAGCGCAGAGCGACUUUUCUGCGUCCCAGAACAGUACAGCCUGGUUGGACAAGUGACGGGACGCAGCAGGGACACUGUUUCAAACAUCUGGUCUCCGACAAAGGAGGACCGUGCGAACAUCUGGGGUGCAUGGCACACAACACUGAAGCCAGGAAUGCAAGAACAUACCUAUGCAGGUUCCUGUGGCAACAUAUCAGACGGAAGCUCACGCAGCUCCAGGGAUGGAAUCGACGAUCGGUCCCCACCAGCCGUCAGCACCCUGACACAUGCGUGUCUCAACCUGAACAUUAAACCCAACGGCCAGUUGGUAUCCAGCAGCUUAGAGGACCUUCCAGUCAGCAGCAGCAGCCAUAGCACGCAUAGCCCCACCCUUUACCCAAAACCGGGCAAUAGGAAUGAAGCACGUCCUCCUCCACCACCGUACAGACACUCAAGAUCGUCAUCGUCCAAUUCUAUCGCGUCACAGUCUCAGCAGCAACCCCAGCAGCUCGGGAAGACGGGCAACAAGAACUCAUCUUCACCGACCGACACGCUGAUGCCCACGAGCUCAGAAUGGCAAGACUGGCAGAGGGACAGGUGGCACAUCUGGCAGCUGCUGUCUUCAGACAAUGCUGACACGCUACCUGAGACACUCGUGUGACGCUUCAUGAAGUUUAGCAAUUCAGUGUGUUUAUACAGUAUACAGAAGCCAUUGCCUUAUGUGUUGUAUGUACAGACCGGUUUGGGGGGGGGGGUGCUUCCCGUUGUUCGCUGCAGGAGGGUGGAGCUAUACUGAGGAGUCGCACUGUGGAAACCCAAAGAGGUCCAAGAAAGAUUCUAGGCAGCAAACUUCAGCUCAGCAACCCGACAGUGCAAUCGGUAUGGGAUCAGCUCCAUUGGAACAAAAAAGGUUUCUACUUUGAAAUGCACUGUUGGAACCUGUCACAGUUCUUUUUGUCACUUUCCCGUUUUAAGCACCAAUUUGGGAAGCCAGCAUGACGGGCUCUAAACCAGGUACCUUAAAUUGCCAAACAAACCAACUAAAGCUAAACUGUCAGAUCAUUACAUCAUCGACAGUAUAUACAGUAUAUGGACAGAUUGUAAAAUACGCUAUACUCAAAUUAUUACAUAACUGCUGUGUAUGUCAGCUUACAGUUGUUUUUUCUUUUUUGUAAAAAAAAAAAAAACUAUAUGAAACAAAACAAACAAAAAAAAAUUGUUGAAUGUUUGCACUGAAACAUAUGACAUGGGGUAGAACUUACCUUUCCAGGCUCAGCUCCUUUUUGUAAAUACACCAUAAGGAUAUUGCCAAAAAGCUGCUAAAUCAAAUGUAUACUAAAUGAUUCGAUCUUACCUCCAGCACGACGACUAUACCAGGACUUAUGGAAUGCCAUUUUGUAUUCAUUAUAGACAUAAAAAUUUAAAAUGCAGCCAUUAACAUCUGGACCACACAUCCCUCUCUUUAAUGUAUUUAUAAUGAGUCUCAAAUACUGUAUGAGAACCCAUUCUAAUAAUGGUUUGUCAGACUGUGUUUACCCAUAAUGCACUGCAAGAGUAAGACAGUUUGAACUGCAAGUUUACAAAGAACCGGUCGGAAUGAUUGCGUAACAACGUAUAUAGAAUGAUUUUAUUUUUUUAUAUUUUGAAUGAGUUUUUAAUUAGUUAACCCUACGCACCACCCCCAGGUGGUUACCUGGUGUAACUACUGUACGAAAUAUUCUCCAUUGAUGCAAUUUACAUCUUUUAAGUUCAGGUUACUAUCUAACCCUAGAAAAAGAAAGCAAAACUAAAAAUAUAACUCUUAAUAAUAACUCUUCAGUAAAAUGCGUGCGUUUCGUCUCUACCGUCUGUUUCUACAGCACUUAAAGGAGGUACACGUUCCCUCAGAUGGAUUUGUUUUUUAAGCUUUAACUGACAACCUGCUUUUCUGGAAUAAAUGGUGCCUUCACACUUACAAGAGCAGAAAUGCAUUUUGCUAAUUCAGCAGGUUGCUGGAAUACUAGUAAGAAAUUAAUUUUUUUAUCCAUCCAUCCAAUCCAAUUUUAUCCAAUCUAUCUAAUCUUUUCCAUUGAUUGGUUCCUAUUGCACCCUCUGGCUCAGAAGAAGCAAAAGCUUUUUUACACAAUUUACUGAUAUCUUAUGGCAUCUUGUGUACCUUUACUCUUUUUUCCAUUUAGUGUAUAUUUAAAAAAACAACAACAUUAAAAUAACAUGACAAUGUCUGUAAAAUUAGCGUUAAAACCUUAAAUUGAUAAAAUGUUACAAAUUCAUAUUUGAUUCAAAAUCCCAUCUUUCAAAAUAGCGUAUUUAAUCGAAUUCAGUCGUUAUGAAACAAACUUUACUCUUUGAAAAAAUCCUUUUGAUGUGCCAUCUGUGUCAAAUUCGUUUGCCACUCCCUACACCUAAACAUACAGGGACGUUCAAGCCAAACCGGGACUUGUGAUGAAAUUUCUUUGCGCAAGGAGGUGUAAAACCUAUUAGGAUUUCCUAAAGACUUCGAGGACAGUACGGAUGUGAAAAUCUUAGCAGCAUUUUUAAUGGUGCAGGCGUUUUAAAGAACAUUCGCACAUUUGGCACGCAAACAUUCAAUAACACCGUACUGAAACAUCGGCUGGGAGUUAUUGCCACAGCCCCUGUAAAGUCCUGACCCGACUCAAUCGCUUCAAGCCAUUUCCACAUGUUUGUGCCAUUAAAGGAGUUCCCGGUAUCGGUAGUCCGAUCAUGGCGCCGUCGUGCUGAGAAAAUGUUCAUGGGACCGUGAUGGUAUUCAGGCACUAGUGGGUUAACUCGGGGAUAAGUGUUUAAGUGUAUCAUGGGAUUAUAUAAAGAAAUAAAGGUAGUUUUGACUGUGUUUUGGUACAGUACAAUCAGAAGUCCCGGUUUGACUCGAACAGCCAGCCCGUAAACCUGCAUCAUUUUUAAACUCCCUACGCAUUAAUUCCCUCUUAGCCUUUUCAUUAUUUCUAGCUGUACAGUAUUUUAUAAAUCAAUAUUAAUGCAAAUUGUCCAUUAUUGUAUAUUGUGAGCAAGCCCAGUGUCAUUGCCUUUUGGUAGAGUAAAAGUUUUAAAUAAGCAUUAUUUAUUUGUAUUGAUCCAUUUUGCACACUGUAUUCUUCCUUAUAUUUUAUCACAUUUUUUUUACCCCUUAGACCAUACAAACAUUGUUGAUGCUAAUAAGAUAAAGCAGUAGCAGACCAAAGUAGCAUCCGGCUACAGAGAUGCUGACUUAAAUCAUUUUGAGAUGUUUUCAAUCAAAUCGACGUUUAUAGUCAAAAUUCCAAAGAGGAAAAAAAAAAUGUCAGCAUGAGUUAGGACGAUCAUUACUCUUAUUUACUUAAAGAAAUAUUCUUUACCGGCGCAUGAUUGGCAAGUUGGAUGUGGAAGCAUCGCGAGCAUUUCUCAUCAUUUUAUUCAGAUAUGCGUUAAGUAAGCACAACGGGAUUCAGAUCUCAGACGUACAGAGUUGAGGGCUAAUUGCAGAGCCGCAGCUCUGACCUUGAAUUUAUGUCGCUUUUCUUGCAUGAGAUCAUUCUCGAGACUGAGGCGGGGACCUUGAGGAGCUACAUGCAUGCAAUUUUAAUUAGCGGAUAAUCUCAAAAAAGAAUAUCGAACCUGGAAAAUCAACUUAUGGUUUAAUUAUCAGGAAAUCAAGGCAUGAAUUUUUUUUAAGACUUGAGUCACCAAAUCUUAAUCUGGACUAUGAAUUACAGUCACAUUUGUGUGUUUCUAAAUUCCUAAUUAUAUUAUAAUUAAUCUUUAAUCUGAUCAUUUUUCCCAUUUAAUAGGUUUCAAGUUACAAUAACUCAAUGCAACGGCUACUUAACUUUUAAUCUUAUUGUUGUGUAGAAUUUUAUCCAGUUUUAGGCUUCAACUUGCUUAAUAGAGUUUAUUCUCUGGUAUAUUAAAAAAAAAAUACCAAUUGCUGUUUGAGGGUAAAAAAGUGUUAGAUCUUAAAAAAAACAACAACAUAGAAACCCAAAGAAUUGUCUGUCAUAAUGCAAAUUCAUUCAGAUCUUUAGUCACUUCGCAUUUCUACAGCAGCGCGAUUGUGUCGGUUUUAUUGUGAAUUUUACUAAUGGUUGUGUCAAUGUGGGAGAAAUCUCAAAUUAUUGUUAUUUUUUUAAAAUUUGGUAAGUAUUUAUGUCAUUAUUUUGUAAUCCAUGACCCAAAUAUAAAGGUAUGUGUUGGUAUUUUAUUAUUAGGAUUGUAAUAAGGAAUCAUUUGUACUUCACGCAGAAAAAGCUUUUUGUAUGGUCUGACAUUUGCUGUGAAGCUUGCCUUGGUAUUUUAUGUACUUUUUCAAAAUCUCUUCUUUUUUUUUUCCCAAGCAAGUCUCAUGAAAAUAAAUGAGAAUGCAAAUUUUAA